CACUCCACCGUGUGUGAUGGUAGACGUCUGUAGGGGGGAGGGAAUAGUGCAUGGGUCAGUGAAUAUCUAGUACGAUCAAAAUUCAUAAGUUUUGUGAUUUCGUCCAGGUGUGCUAUAAGCCCUUAAAUGUCAUUAACUUGUUGACAGUACAUGUACGUCUAAUAUCUGUUAUGCUAAAGAUGGCUACAUACAAUCCUCAUCAAGCUACUUGUGAGAGUUCACCAGAGCACAAGACCAUUAGAGAGUGUUACUACGUGUUAGUACAAUUUCUUCAACGAUCUAUUGCUACUGUAGGAGAUGUUUUAUACUCAAAGGGGUUGAUUUCAAAAGAUGUGAAAACUUCCGUGCAUGAAAGCGGUUCAACACUAGACAGCAAAGUUAGGAUUGCUCUAGAUUUUUUGGAGACCUCAAUUGAACACGACCCUCAAGUCUAUCACAAAUUUGUCGCUGUCUUAAAGGAACAAGGAUCAUGGAUAAAUUCACUUGUUGUGACGCUAGACAAAUGCUUUGAAACGCACAGCACAACAACUACGACAACAACAACAAGACCUAGUGUGAGGAACACAAGUACUGAAGUAAAGAUGAGCAUUACUAGACAGGAGAUUGAAGUAUCGCAAGAGUCGGUACCAGAAGUACUGGAAGCUUUAGAGAAAUCUAAAACCACCAAGGAUCAGAGCCAAUCAACAAGAACAAAAGUGGGUCAACAACCCACCAGAGCCAAAACAAGCUUUCUUUGGGCAUUCAAGGAAAAGGAUCCUCACCAUCCCUUCAAGAUGCUGUUAAUCGGUGAAACUGGAUCUGGCAAGACUUCGUUCCUCAACCUUCUCUACAACUGUGCCACUGUACAGGAUCUUGGUUGUGGGUUUGAAGCCGAUGGUCACGAGCAAUUCAAACAGUUCAAUGACAUCAAACUUGAGAACGCAAAAGCACUCUCUAUAGAAACAACGACCAAAGAUGCUACACUCUACAAUGUGGAAGUAGGUGACCUGAAGGUUGGGGUAAUUGAUACUCCUGGAUUUGGUGAUUCUCGUGGCUUCAUACAAGAUGAAACAAAUGUACAACGAAUCAUCAGCGCCCUCAAGAAAGAAGAGUACAUCAACUGUGUCUGCCUGAUCAUCAAUGGUCGUCAAGCUCGAGCAAGUGCUUCAUUGAAGCAUGUCCUCACUGAGAUACUUGUCAUCCUGCCGAGAGAUAUCCUUGACAAUGUGAUUGUUGUGUUCAGUAACACAGCCGACCCUAUGGACCUCAAAUUCAAUCCAGGCAUGCUGAAAGACUAUUUUGGAAAAGAAGUUGAAAAUAUUUUUUUUGUUGAAAAUCCGUGCUGUCGGCUUGAGAAAGCUGAAGCAAAAUUGGUUCAACUAGGAAUUAAUAAAGUUGCUAAAAGCUUAAAGAAAUCGUUUCAAGAAACCUCCGAAAUUCUAACUGAAAUGUGUGAGAUCAUUAAAGAUUUCCCUGAAGUUCAUAUUUAUAUAUAGCGUCGCUCUAAAAAGAGAAGAAAACUAUCGAACAUCAGUUGUAUAUAUAGGGUCUAUAUUUGAUACAUUGUAUGUUGAAUUUAAUAGUAUAACCACACUG